CCGGCGGUUCCUUUUUAAGUGUAACCUCGGUCACAACAUUGAUAAAUAUCUAAAACAAACUACGGUGAAGCACAAAAUUGGUAAGACCGGCAGAAGUCGAUCCUGUGGGAAAUCACGUUGCCGGUGAAAAGGGAGCAAGCAAACCCAUUGAUGGGACGAAUGUGCACUCGGGAAUGAAUUAUCGGCCUUUCCAGCACCUACAUUAGUACUUUUGACUCGCAGUUAUGUAUUAUUCCUGCUUUAGCGAACAACAUUUUUUUGUUGUGUUGUGCGUUUAGAGCGAUGACAGGGAAGUGAUGAAGGCUCUUAUGUUCAGACCACCUUGCUCAUGCUGAGAAUGAGCACAAUAACAGAUGGCUGCCUGGUGGCAUGUUGUUCCAUGCUGAACCCUGCCAAGAAUACAAUAUCUGCCAAUGUUCAGAUCACUGCCUGAAUGCUCCCACCAAACCGGUGAAAAGCUGCCAUUGCUGCAUUGAAGUAGUGAAGAUCUAUUAAAGGGCUUCAGAGAGUAUCGAUAUGGAUUUAACUGAAUAUCACCUGCUUCACGCCAGACAAGCCCGUGGUUUCCCAGUACAGGUAUCCCAAUUGACAAAAGCUCAUGUUAUGUCCCUCCCCUCGCGUAUCUCUCCAACCAUCUUCAGUUCCCCUCCGUUAAAGAUCAUGCUAACUGGCUCCUCUGAUGGGAUGAUCUGGUAAAACGCAGACCAAAUGAAUGAACUUGUAGCCUUAUGCGGGUUGAAGGUUUCACGGGACUGAUUUCUCUCAUGCCCUGCAUACCUUGGGUACCUUUCGUCCAGGGAGCUGUAGACAAGUUCUUGUUGGCAGCCUUUUUAAAUGUAUUCUAGAACUUACCUUCACUUCAACUCCAUAACACCAGCGUGGUUGCUUGGCUGUACGUUGAAGGAGCAGGUCGGCGGCUCACUCAGCGGCACCGGUUUGACGGCCAUCUGAAUAGGCCGGUGUGUGUGUGUGUGGCGAGGCGAUGACUCGUGGGCAUCGUGUUUCUCUCGGUGUGCCGCCGCUGCUAUACGAUACGCCAGAGUUUUAUUCCUUGUCUCGGUGUGCAGAGAGACGCGCGGCCUCUCCCGCCAAGCAGGUGACAAGCAUGCGUGACCGCCAAGGCGGUCAGAUGAGCUGGAGUUGGAUCGAAAGGGGAACCAUGUAGGCCUGAGGAGGGAAUGAAGCCAAAGGGCUGCCGGAUCGGUGGUCGCAUUUACCUUUUUAUUCGUCUCGCAGGUGUAAGGAACAUGAUUCCAAUAAUGUAUCUGGUGUUGCUGCUUCCUGAGGUGACUCAAUCGGCUCAAGGUCAAUAUGCCCACAAGCUUCUGAAUGAUUUGAUGGAGAAUUAUUCCAGCGCUCUGCGGCCGGUCGAGGACACGGACCGAGCCCUCAACGUCACCUUACAGAUCACCCUCUCUCAGAUCAAAGACAUGGAUGAGAGGAACCAGGUGCUGAUUGCCUAUCUGUGGAUCAGACAGACGUGGCAUGAUGCUUACCUGAAGUGGGAUAAAGAGGACUAUGACGGACUGGAGGUGAUCCACAUCCCCAGCAGCCUUGUGUGGAGGCCCGACCUGGUCCUCUAUAACAAAGCCGACGAUGACUUUUCAGGGCCGAUGGACACCAACGUGAGGCUGCGCUACAAUGGAGAGAUAACCUGGGAUGCUCCUGCCAUCACCAAGAGCUCCUGUGUGGUGGACGUCUCCUACUUCCCCUUUGACAGCCAGGAAUGUAACCUGACUUUUGGGUCAUGGACCUACAACGGCAACCAGGUGGACAUCAUAAUGGGCAUGGACAGCGGGGACCUGUCCGACUUUGUGGAAAAUGUGGAGUGGGAGUGCCACGGGAUGCCGGCCACCAAGAACGUCAUCAUGUACGGCUGCUGCUCCGACCCGUACCCAGACAUCACCUACACCGUGCUCCUGCAGCGCCGCUCCUCCUUUUACAUCUUCAACCUCCUCCUCCCCUGCUUCCUCAUAUCCUUCUUGGCUCCGCUGGGCUUCUACCUGCCCGCGGACUCCGGGGAGAAGGUGUCCCUCGGGGUGACCGUUCUUCUGGCUCUCACCGUGUUCCAGCUGAUGGUGGCGGAGAGCAUGCCUCCCUCCGAGAGCGUCCCCCUUAUAGGGAAGUACUAUAUUGCCACUAUGACCAUGGUCACAGCCUCCACAUCGCUCACCAUCUUCAUCAUGAACAUCCACUUCUGUGGCGCGGAGGCCAAACCUGUCCCCCACUGGGCCAAAGUCCUCAUCAUUGACUACAUGUCCAAAAUUUUCUUUGUUUAUGAGGUGGGCGAGAACUGCGCCUCUGCCUCCUCCUCCUCCUCCUCUUCUCACUUGGACGACUUGUGUAACCAGCACCUUAACUCCCAUAUUCACGCUAAUGGUAAACCAGGGAGCCACGCUAGCCGACAGGACUGGCAGGGUCACAGACACCCCAGACCGCAGACGCCCAAGCUGCAGCACCAUCCCAGAGUGAAAGCCCAGCACCACAUCACCCGAGAAGAGAGGAGCCAUUUCUCCGGCGCCGCUCCGGGGAAAUACGAAGGCUCUAAUGGGAAAACCCCAGCGGGCGACUGCUGUAAAGAAGACCAGAAGGUCCCCGGCUACCGUGAACACCAAAAGCCUCCCUGCUGCCAUGAAGACAAAAAGCCUCCCUGCUGCCAUGAAGACAAAAAGCCUCCACCGCCGGAAGGCCCCACGGUAACCUUCGGCCCCUGUGUAUUCUGCAGCGGCUUCUCCGGUGGGGACACCAAGCUGGUGCGCAACGUGGAAUAUAUUGCCAACUGUUUCCGGGAGCAGAGGGCCACGUGCGCCAAAGGGGCGGAGUGGAAGAAGAUUGCUAAGGUGAUGGACAGAUUCUUCAUGUGGAUCUUCUUCAUCAUGGUCUUCCUCAUGAGCAUCCUCAUCAUCGGCAAAGCACCUUGAGGCUUUUUGAAAGGUAUUUGGUCAAAUACAAAAGUCAAAAGGGAAUCUUUUUUUAUAAACAGUUAUUUUGAAAAGUAUAUGGACUUUGAGCCUUUUACUUUAUUGAUAAUAACAGUAUAGUGAUGUGAAAAUAAACACAUUUACCUUCACUGUAUUGGCCAUGUUCAUGCAUCACCGGCCCUAUUGUUGAAAACUAAAACUAAAAAGGAUUUCUUGCAAGUAACAUUGUGGCUAUAUCUCUCCCCAUACAACGACCAACUCUACUGAAAGCACGCUGUAAAUGUACAGCUUGAUGCGAUCCCCAUCAAUCCUGGCUGUUAUGUACAGUUACUUCAUCAUCUGACCAUCGACAACAUGUAAGGGGAUCUUCUAUAAGGUUCAAAUAUGGCCAGUGGAGACAGCACAUGUCUUAUUCACAGCUUUGAAAUCAGACUCCUGAGGUUGAGAGAGGCAGCGUUCGCGCGCACACGCAGAAUCAUUUCUCUGUUCAAAAUCAUCCAGUGAAUUGUUAAUGGGCGAGCUCUGCGUGAGGCAGCGCCGGGGCAGCGAGGGCGUAAAGUAAUAUCUCUCAUCAAUUAUGUAACACAGCGAGGACAGUCAGACACCCCCCUGUUACCAAAAAACUCUAUGCCUGGAAUUUGGAAGGUAUGUGGGGUGAAAAGGAAGGAAAAAGGAAGAAAAAAAGAAGAAAAGGAAACUGACCAUUGUGGCUAACAGGAAGUGGAAUGUUAUUAAGAUAAAAACAUAUAAAAAAAGAUAUUACCCAGAUUCAAGUAUUAGUAUAUUUAUUUAUCUGUGCAUAUUUACACUUCUACUUCUCAGCCAGGAAAAUUGUACUUUAAUUUAAAACAUGUUUUGCAUUAAUAAUUAUGAUGCAUUGCUAAAGAUUUUCUCUUUUCCGUGCAUACUACUACACAUAAACUAAAGACGUUAGCAAAUGCAAUAAACAGAAGAUGCACAAUAGUGUCUGAAUACUAAAGAUGAAGAAAGAAGAAAGAAAGAAAACAAGAUUUUUAGGUAAUUAUCUUUCACUGACUGUUGACCGUGAUACCUUAUUUUCUCCAUAGAGGGCGCUCUUCUCCCGCAUAACAUUCCGGAGGUGGAUGCCUCUGAGUUCACUGAUUGAAACUGCAUGUGGCAAAGUCAGUGUACAACAUCUGAGCCUCCCAAUUAUUCCCGCUGUCGUUUCAUCUUCUACUCACAGAUUAUCUCUGCUGCAAAGUGAAAAAAGAUGAAUAUGCUGUUCAUUUGUCCUCCGUGUUAUUGGAUAGCAGAGGAUUAUACAUCUUGCUCACUGGACUACCGUUAUUUAAACUGAGGGAAAGAUUUGAGAGUGAACUGAGUAUAACAUACAACAUCUUUGAAUUGCUCUGUUGUGCAGAAGUCAUGCCAGCAUACGGAUCAUUGUUUUUAUCCUCUUUUCUAAAAUAAAAAAUGUUUAUGCUUUAGAACAACGCCUAAGUCAGAAUGUCUUAAAUGAUCUGUGUGAGGGAAGCCGACUGCAUCGGUCUCCAUUAGUGCCAUGUGAGCCCCAAGGGGCACAGCAGGCUGUAAUCGCCAUCGGAGAUCAGGAGAAGUGUGAACCGUGUCACGGGAGCAGGCGUACAGCAGCUCAGGCACUGAGGAAGAAGACUGCUGAGGAAAUGAUGCUUUACAAAAUGAUUAUUGUUAGAAGCUUCAUCUACCACCACUUAGAUGUACAAACAGAGCAGGAAAAUGAGUGCGAUGACGGUGUAUUCAGCAGCGGGGGUCCUUUUACUCAAUUACCGUUAUCACCACCAUUACUGAAGCACUUGUGGAAUUAUAUAACACCAUACAUUACUAUAUAUAUAUAUCUACAAUGGCCCCUCUAAGAGCAUAUCUAAAUGCCCAGAGGGGCCAUUUUGCAUAAAUACUGCUUUCACUUGUCAUUCCUUAAGUGGGCUACAUUUCACUUGUGAUAAUUUGCCCACAAUUGUAACACUGCUCUUAAAUCACAUUCCAAUUGUUAUUUUGGACUCUUGUUUUGGGCUUUGAAAGCAUUUUGACAGAAUGAUCAUUUACCCUCAUUGCACAACAAUGCUGGUAGUGGUCAGAGCUGGAUUUUGGGGGACAAAAAACAUGCCUGCACUAUAACUUUAAAUUUGUAGACGGGGCUACCUCUGCCCUUGUCUUUGGAAUUUCCUUCAUGCACCCUAGUUUUCAUGAAACAGCAGCUGCAGGCAAUCUGCAACUGCUGUGUGUGUAGCUGUCCAUCAGUAAUGUGUUACUUAUUGACAGAAAUAAGAUGUCAGUGUUAUUUACUGCUUUUUUAGUGCUGGAAUAAAUUAUACUCAACUGCAAGGUACUAAUG